ACCCAUUAGCUGUUUGCGACCCACCUAUGCAUGAAAAAGAAGAAGAAAAGGAAGCGAAGGAGGAAGAAGUAGAGGUGAAAGCUUUAGUCUCUGAGGUAGAUGUGAAUUUUCCGAAAUGUAAUACAUGUAGUAUAGCGACUAAUUAGUAGGUAUUUUCACAGAGCAACACAGUAAAACACCAAGUGAAUGAAAACACAGCAUUUAAGAUAAUACAUGUAUCCUCAGUGAGAGCGACCCGUCAUAGACUGGAAAUUUUGCUGUUCUGGUCAUUAUCAGCUAUUGGAAGGAACACUCAUGGGGGACAAUGAGCACCAGUCUUGCCAAAUGGGCGCACAAGACACUAUGUCCUUCCUGUAAGGAACCAACCGCAGAAUGUCCAGACCCAAUACCAGCGACUGCAACAUCUGUUCAGGUGUGUUUAUUUCAUGGAUUGGAAGAAUGGGUGGGCCUUGAUCAGCUGGAGGACUACCUGAGUUUUCUGGCAUACCUGUUCUGGGUCUUCACUCCUCUUGUUGUUGUUUUCCUGGUGCCCUUCCUGAUUGUUAUCCUUCUUUACCUCUCAAUACUCUUUCUUCAUGUUUAUAAGAGGAAGAAUCAGCUAAAGGAGGCUUACAGCAACAACUUGUGGGAUGGAGCCAGAAAAACCUUGGCAACCCUAUGGGAUGGGCAUGGAGCCAUAUGGCAUGGUUAUGAGAUCCAUGGAAUGGAGAAGAUCCCCGACAGAGGACCAGCUCUCAUUGUGUACUAUCAUGGAGCUAUACCAAUUGACUACUAUUACUUCCUGGCCAAUGUUAUAAUUCAGAAAGGACGUACCUGCCAUUCUGUAGCUGAUCACUUCCUCUUCAAGAUUCCUGGUUUCAAGUUGCUGUUAGAAGUCUUCUCAGUAAUCCAUGGUCCUCAGGAGGAGUGUGUCCGGGCUCUGAGGAACGGUCACCUGCUUGGUAUUUCUCCAGGAGGAGUGCGAGAAGCUCUGUUUAGUGAUGAGACCUACCUUCUUUUUUGGGGCAAACGCAACGGCUUUGCACAGGUUGCCAUUGACUCUCAAGUGCCAAUAAUUCCAAUGUUUACUCAGAAUCUACGGGAGGGUUUCAGAUCUCUCGGCACACUAAGAUUAUUUCAUUGGCUGUAUGAAAGAUUUCGUCUUCCAGUAGCUCCAGUCUAUGGGGGAUUUCCUGUAAAAUUUCGAACCUUCCUUGGGGAUCCUAUUCCAUAUGACCCAAACAUCAGUGCUGCUGAACUAGCAGAAAGGGUGCAGCACGCAGUGCAGUCUUUGAUAGACAAACACCAGCAGAUUCCUGGAAGCAUUUUGAGGGCAUUGUUGGAGAGAUUCUACACUAAACACAAAGACUAGCAACACCAGAAUUAAAAAUGACCAUUCAAUCUAUGACCAAAUUUGCCUGUAAUAUUGAAUUAGUCUCAUUUAGAAAAUCACUGGUUGCCUUAGAUAUUGGAGUAUUUGCAGAUUUCUUUGAGUCCCUCCAGAGAUGACUGAUUGCAAACUGUGUGCACACUGCUCUACUGGCUGUCUGUUUUAUGUGAUUAGCUGAUUCCCAUAAGUAACAUUUCACUUUACAAAACCUUUACUUCUAGUAGGAUGGAAAAACUGGGUAUAGUUUGAUUAAAUAUGGUAAUACUUGAAAGAAAAUGGGAUGUGUAUUCUUGAAUACUACAUGCAUCAGCAUGAAAUGUCUGUAUUCAUAGUAAUUUUUUUACGGUAACAGAAUUCUGUGAGAAUAACAUCCAUGCAUCACACAUUAGAGCAAUUCUACCUGUUGUGGCCCCAUUACUUAGUGUUGAUCUUACUGUAGUGAGUGUGGAUUGAUGUUUCAGGGAAAUUAUGUUAAAUCCAUGGACCACUCCAUACCUCAAAAGCCCUGAUCUGAAGAACAAUGGACUUUUCCCUUUCUGAGGUAGUUGAAACUUUGAUGUCGCUUAUUUGACGGGAUUCCGGUUUAUGGUGGCAGGAAAGAUCAGCUGUUUUGUAUAUAUUUAUGUUGAGGUUGGGGAAAGGUCUUAAAAAAACAAGUUCACGUGAAGGCAAAUUAAAACAGAUGUACAAAAUAUCAAUAGAAUGUUAAAUCUGUUGUUCCUGGUGUUGGUGAAGUGUGUGUGUGUGUUAUGCUUGGUUGUAUUUACAUUUACGCUAUACAGGAUGGUGUUUGAAGGUACAUGAUGAUCAUCUGUCACUUUUAUUUAGCCAUGGUGCUGUCCUAUUCCAGCCGACUGAACAGACUCCCAUCACUUUGAGUGGUCAGUAUGACUGGAAAAGCACCAUAUAAGUUCAGUCCAUUUACCAUCAAGACAAUUUCUAAUGUCACUUUUAAUUGGCUGACCUUAAGCUUGAAUGCCCAGCAUACACUGUGCGAUUGUAAGCUCUUGCAGACGAAAGAUGACUGUAGAAAAGUCAUGGAGAAAUCUUUGGUCGUGGCUCUAAAUCUGUGGUCUUACCUUGCACAGUGAGGCAGGUUCUAGGAUGGCUGUUUUUAACGUCUUGCAACCAAAGAUAAACUGCAUCAAUAUCUGGCUGUGUCAGAUAUUUAGAAAGAAUAUUUCGCUGUGUGAUAGGCGCUACAACCUGUGCCUAAUCCACAGCUACCCUAAAUUCAAUAUGAGAGUCUCCACAGGUUAUGAAUUGUGCUGCCCCCAAAUAAAGAAAAAAAAAAGCUGAAUACGUUUUGGAUUUCUGAUUCAAAUCCUGUCAAGGGUUAUUUAUCCUGUUUGCUCCGAUCAGACAAGUUUGUCUGAGCAAACACACGGCCACAUGGAGCAUCAAGGGCUAUGAACAGGUGCAUCUUCAUCAGCUGUGUGCCUGUUGGAUCGCAUGCCAGGGACAAACCGGUGAUAGCUUUCAUUAUUUUUCUCUCAUUUUGGCAGCCUAGGUUCAUGACUGAUAAAUAAUUUGGGCCCAUUUUCUCUUCCUGUUGGAUUUUUUUAUGCACCUGCAGCAGACUUUGAUGCAAAGAGAACUCUUUAGUUUAUUAUUGGACUGUUUUUAUUAAACUUAUAUGAUUGUGGUUUUUGUUUCGACUGGAUUUGGGAUUUAAGCGAAGCGCAUGCGGCCAAAUAGCUUAUUUCUCUUCUCUUCUCUUUAUAUUAAAGCCAGCCCGUGAUGAAGUUGGUUAUUGUUGUAUGUUGUGAGCAAUUUAGUAAUAGGUGAUAGUACAAUGUGCACACAUUAAACUUGAUGUCAUGAUCUUUAACGAUUAUUAAAUCCACGUCGCUUAGUGUGUCAUGGAAUAAUCUUAUAAUUAAGAAGGCCAUAGGGGGAAGUUCCUAUUCUCAUCAUUAGGGUUAUGAAAACAGCACAGAUUGUUCCAAAACUUAACCUGUUUUACAGACAUGAUAAACUAAGUCACUUAUUUUUUUAUACCUUUAGCUGCUGUAUUGUCUUUUGAGAGUUCACUUCAUCUUAUUUUUACAUGGUUUAUAGUGUUGUUUGAAACAAUAUUACAGACAUUCCUUUCAAAAAUACCUAUGGUAUAUAUGGUAAAUUUCUGUUUUAAUAUUGUUAAGGAUUAUGGGCUCACAGAGGCUGAACUUGCAAAAGCAGUUCAUUUGGGAGACAACAGAUAAGCCACAGACGCCAAGGACUUCACAGAUGUGGCAUGCAUAAACAAAUGGACAGUUAUCUCAGGGCAGAACGGACACUUGGAUAUCCCUGGAGCCAGGUUCUUUCACAGUCUAACAGUGAGAUGUUUCCCAAAGACGACGUGGGAAGAAUUAAUCAGUCCUGGAGCAGGUCUUUGCUGAUCCAUAUAAACUGACGUAAGUGAGAGUUUUGCCACUCUCGAUUCUGGGUCUUAACCUGUCCGCAUUUGUCCUCUUAGAUUAAAUGUGUUAAAGUAUAGUUUGUGUUUCAAGAGUGAUUUUAUUGCUAAAAGAGUCUACAAUAGGGAAGACCCCGUUUUUGGGGAGCCUGGGGGGGGGGACAGAAACAGUGUAUUGUUAAUUCUAACAAUAUUCUGUUAUAAACCAAAUUUUAACAAACGAUGUUUUUGCGUUUGUUAUGGUCACUGACCUCUAGGGGCUCUCCUCAUGAGAGAGCUCUUCCUCCUCCAUUUCAGGUCCACCCAGCCACAGCUAAGAUGGGCUACACCUCAUCUUCCUGCAUAAUGAGGGUCAUCCCUAAGUGCCAGGCGCUUUUUGAUCUGCAGUGAUCUUGCAUGGAAAUGUAGUGGUCUGUAGAGCUGUGCUGUUUGUGUUUUCUAUGUGAGUUUGUGUAUAAAUUAAAAAGCAUGUGUAUUUUC